AUGACAAACACCGCUUCAAAGACUCCAACGACAUCUACAUUCCACAACGACCUCCACACCCACAAGACUCAAGCCACACACAGUACAAACGACACCCUCGAAACCCACAACACAUCUACAACACAAACGACACCCUCGAAACCCCCAACACAUCUACAACACAAACAACACCCUCGAAACCCCCAACACAUCUACAACACAAACGACACCCUAGAAACCCCCAACACAUCUACAACACAAACGACACCCUCGAAACCCCCAACACAUCUACAACACAAACGACACCCUCGAAACUCCCAACACAUCUACAACACAAACGACACCCUCGAAACCCCCAACACAUCUACAACACAAACGACACCCUCGAAACCCCCAACACAUCUACAACACAAACGACACCCUCGAAACCCCCACAACAUCUACAACACAAACGACAUCCACGACACAUUUAUUUUUCCCCACCCCUCACCGCAGCAUAGUAUAUCACAAGACAUGCACUCUCGUCUGGAACUAUAUGCAAACCGUUUAGCCGAGCUGGAACAACAACAGACUACGCAGACGCCUGACGUUUAG